AUUUUUAAUAAAAAUUAUAAAUAUUUCUUAGAAUUUAUAGAAGAAAUGUUGGGUCAUAGUCCUUUAUAUUUUAAAGAUGAUAAGGAGUCUUCUUACUUUUUGAACGAGCAAAAUAGCUUUAACCGUACUUUAAAACCGAUAUUAACAGGAUCAAGUGUUUUAGGCCUUAAAUUUAAGGAUGGGGUUAUGUUAGCAGCAGAUAAUCUUGCGAGUUAUGGUUCUUUAGCGAAAUAUAAUGAUGUUGAAAGGAUAUUUUCUUUUGAGAAAACUAUUAUUGGAGUUUCUGGUGAAAUCUCUGAUUUUCAAUAUAUAAAACGUCUUAUUCAUUCUUUUGUAAUUAAAGAGAAAAAUUAUGAAGAUGGCCAUUUUCCUUCUUCAUCGCAUAUUUAUGAAUAUCUUACUCAUGUUCUUUAUAAAAGAAGAACUAAACUUGAUCCUCUCUUGAAUAGUUGUAUUGUUGCUGGUCUGGAUCCUGAAAAUGUUUCUAUUUGUGUACCUAGAUCUUUUUGUGGUCAAUCUGAAUUUUUUUUGGGAUAUGUGGAUUUUCUUGGCGUAACAUAUUCUGCACCAUGUAUUGCUACUGGAUAUGGUGCGUAUAUUGCUAUUCCAUUACUUCGGGAGGCUACAGAUGAUGAACGGUAUACUCAACUUUCUCGAGAAGAUGCUCGCAAAGUUAUUGAUAACUGUAUGAGGGUUCUUUAUUGCAGAGAUUCGCGUUCAGUAAAUAAGUUUUCUGUUGCAACAGUUACUAGAGAUUCUAUUGUAUUUGAUACAAAUCAAUCUGUUGAUACUUAUUGGAAUUUUGCUGAGAAGAUUCAAGGCUAUGGCGCUUAAAAAAUAGUAAUAUUCUGCAUUGUAUAUACAUGUUUAAUGGAAUAU